AAACAACAUUUUUGGUUUUUUUCAUUUUUGAGAAAACAGAACGUUACUCGUACAUUACAACAACAGCUGUUGCUUAUCAUACAGCAGCAUAUAUACAUAAUUUACUCUGCUCUUUUCUUUCUCUGCCUUAACUCUCUCAUCAUCUUCUCGCCGUACCCUCUUCUUCUUUUUCCUUAUAUAUAUAUAUACGUAAAUGGGAUUGGAAAACCAGGACAUGACUCGUUCGUUUAUGUCUGAUUUCCUCCAAAAGUGCGGUGGCUACGCCGUCAUCGACGGCGGCUUUGCCACUGAACUUGAACGACAUGGUGCUGACCUCAACGACCCUCUUUGGAGUGCUAAAUGCCUUAUUAGUUCUCCUCACCUUGUUAGAAGGGUACACUUAGAUUAUAUUGAUGCUGGCGCAAAUAUCAUAUUGACAGCAUCUUAUCAGGCUACUAUUCAGGGUUUUGAGGCCAAGGGAUUGUCUACCGAAGAAGCAGAACAAUUACUUAGAAGAAGUGUUGAGAUUGCAUGUGAAGCAAGGGAAAUUUACUAUGACAAUUGCACGAAAGGUUCUUGGGAUCUUAUGGAAGAUGGAAAGAUGUCUAGGCAUCCAGUUCUGGUUGCUGCUUCCAUUGGCAGUUAUGGAGCUUAUUUGGCUGAUGGAUCCGAGUAUAGUGGAGACUAUGGCGAUGCAGUUUCUAUCCAGACGUUGAAGGAUUUUCAUAGGCGAAGGUUACAAAUCUUAGCCAAGUCAGGUGCUGAUUUGAUUGCAUUUGAGACUAUUCCAAAUAAGCUUGAAGCAAAGGCAUAUGCUGAGCUGCUUGAAGAGGAAGGAAUAAAUAUUCCAGCAUGGUUUUCCUUCAAUUCCAAGGAUGGAAUUAAUGUAGUUAGUGGCGAUUCUAUCCUGGAAUGUGCUUCCAUUGCAGAUUCUAGCAAGCAAGUUGUUGCUGUUGGAAUUAACUGUACCCCUCCUAGAUUUAUCCAUGGACUUAUUCUUUCUAUGAGAGAGGCUACAAGUAAACCGAUAGUCAUAUAUCCGAAUAGCGGUGAGACUUACGAUGCUGCACUCAAGCAGUGGGUGAAAUCAUGUGGACCAUCGGAUGAAGAUUUUGUUUCAUACAUAGGCAAGUGGCGCGAGGCUGGAGCUUCUCUUUUUGGUGGCUGCUGCAGGACAACUCCAAAUACUAUUAGAGCUAUAUGCAGGAACAUCUCUAAUAAAUCUUCACCUCCUUUAAUUUCUAAUCGAGAUGUAAAUUAGCUUGAGCUGAGGCCAUGGAUCUGCAAUUGCCAAGAGCUUUUUAGCCUUGUGCUAUUCUGUUUUACGUUUCUCUUGGUUGAUGUAACAUCAUCUUGUCCGUGUUUCUUGAAUGAAAUAAACAAAAUUUUAAAUUUUCUUGA